CAACGACUUUUGACGUCAUCAAAAGGCGCCUCGGUCUGCUUUUGCGACUAGCUCUGGUCUCUACAUUCAGGCGCAGGCUGCUUUCAAAUGGUAUUUGUAAAUAAAAAAGGACUUUAAAAUGCCUAUGAAAGGAAGGUUUCCGAUCAGGAGGACUCUGGAAUAUCUCCAGAAAGGCGACAUCAUCUUCAAAAACAGAGUGAAGAUCAUGACGGUCAAUUACAACACUCAUGGAGAACUCAGCGACGGAGCAAGAAAGUUUGUGUUCUUCAAUAUUCCUCAGAUUCAGUACAAAAACCAGUGGCUUCAAAUAAUGAUGUUUAAAAAUAUGACACCAUCACCGUUCUUGAAGUUCUACCUGGACGAUGGGGAGCAAGUUCUAGUAGAUGUGGAAGGGAAGGACCACAAACAAAUUUCACAACACGUCAAGAAGAUUUUGGGCAAAUCAGAAGAAGUGUUACAAGCUGAGGCUCGAGCCAAGAUGCAGGCGUCCAACCCCGCCAACUUUGGGCCCAAAAAGUACUGUCUGAGGGAGUGUAUCUGUGAGGUGGAGGGCCAGGUGCCGUGUCCUGGCAGCACGCCGCUGCCCAAGGAGAUGACGGGCAAAUAUCGUGCCCAGAUGGCAGCAUCACAUGAGUGAGAAGCUGAGAACUGGACAAUAUGGCACUGUUGAUUUUGUACGAUUACAUAUAAGGACUACCGCAUUGCAUAUUUUGUUGUAAAUUCGUGUAACUAAAUGGGUCCCACUAUGCUGUGCAUUGUGAGAACGCCACUGGCUGGACUGAGACCCUCCAGUCCACAUGAGUAGCAGAAACUUACCAAAACAUGACUGUUUGUAUAGGUUUGGAUAACUUGAUGUCACACCUGGUGUUUUUAUGUGAUGGGGUUGAAAAAUCCACACAUCCGAAUGCAAUUUACAUCAAGCACAGUGUCAACACUGCAAUCUAAACAAAUAAAAAUGAUUUGCCUAUGUGGCGGUAGUUGUCGCUCUGUGUAAACAUUAGGAAAAUCUAAAUCCUAAGUAUUUUCAUGCAAGAGGCAGUAUCAAGUUGAGAUUGAACACGUUACCAGAUUUAUGACAAGAAUGACAAACAUUUUACAGAGAUGAUUUUUUUUAUUGGUUCUGAGAUGGAGUUUUCUAAAGUUAAUAAAUUGAUGUGUGUCUAAAUUGUCUUACCAAAUUAGCUAAAAUCAACUGCUAAUACACAAGAAGCUCCUCGAGUUAUUUACACUGUCACAAAACAUUUAGUGUUGCAUGUUUUGCUUAAAAUCUUCUGUGGACAUCAAAAAUCAGCAGUGCGAGAUCAACAGACGAUACAAAACACUUUGUUUAUGAAGAGAAAUAUGGACUUUAUGACUGAAAGGAAAGCACUAUGACAAAUCACGU